AUGGCGUCGUACAUCGUCACAGGGGUGCACGCUGCAGCUAGAGCCGGCAAGCUGCAGAAGGUGCAAGAUUUCAUUGCCAAAGGGGGCGAUGUUAACAAGCCGGAUCGAGAGCAUUGCAGCCCGCUCAUGUGGGCUUGCUGGGGGGGGCACGUGGAGAUCGUCAAGAGAUUGCUUGACGAGGGGGCCAAGCCUGAUACUUUCAGCCACCAGCACGCAAGCGCCAUGCACUGGGCGACGUGGGGAGGGCACACCGAGAUCGUCAAGUUGCUUUUGGAGCACAAGGUGUCCCUGGAUGAGAGCGAUGAGCAGGAUGGUACCCCCCUGCACUAUGCGGCGAAAAAGGGUUUCGUAGGUCUCGCUAAGGUGCUUGUGGGAGCGGGAGCUACCAUCGAUGUCCGCAACGUCAAGAACAUGACUCCUCUACACUUGGCAUGCCACUACAAUAAGGUGGAGGUGGCGCGCUUCCUCAUCCUCAAGCACGCCGGGGUGGGAUGCACUGACCACAUCAAUCGAACACCGCUUCACUACGCCUGCCUCAAGUCUCACAUCAACUCGGUCCGCUUGCUGCUCGAGUGGGGAGCGGAAGUUAUGGUCAUCGACAACAAGGGGAAGCUCCCCCUGCACCUAGUGGGGCAAAGCGCCUCGCAGAAAAACAGGGGGAAAAGCGAGGACAUCAUCAAGCUCCUCAAGAACAAGAUGCCCGAGGACGACGAUCAAGGACUAGAUGGAUCGUACCACCCCGAGUCUGAUGGCACUCUCAUGGGAGCGGCGAUGUCGGUGGCAAAGAAUGUUGCGAGCCAUACUAGCACGUCGUCCACUACCGGUGAAGCAGCAGCCAAUACCACGCCUACGGCUGCCGCGGACGCUGUCGUCGACAAAGCUGCCGUAUCAACAAGUGGGGCUUCCAAGGCAACAAACGGGGAAUCACCGAGGGCCGACAGACAGGAAACGAUCCCUCCAAGCGGCGAUUCGAACGGGCUCGUGGAUGGAGCUCCACCGGAGCAAACAAAGACGGCCGCGAAGUCAGAUGCACCUGCUCCUGCACGAAAGAGCUCUUUAUUGUUUGGUGUUGGGGGGGGCAAUGCGAAGCAGCCGCCGGAACAAGGUGGCGUAGCGGAUCGACGCUCGUCCGGCGCAGGAGGACAGAACUCGAGGGGAAACUCGCCUGCAGCUGCGCCGAGCGGGGCACAGGGUGCAGGUGGAGGGGACCGCGCCAGGAAGAAGUCGACCAUCAACCUGACGAUGGCGGACGGAAUGGUGAGCAUUGGCGAUGGGAAGCCGGGGAACGAAGCCUCCCCUACCAACAAGCGCCGUGGAAGCACUUACGGGAUGACUACCGUGCCAGCUGCACCAGCUCCUGCUAGCCGGGUCAAGCGCUCACCUCAGGGUUCCGUGACAGGGGAGUCUUCAACGAAAGGAAGCGAACGUGAUGACAUGGAGGAAGUUAGCAACGAAGAAGUCGCGUACGAGAUGGCGUUGGAGCAGAUCAUCGCCGACCUGGACGACCUCGAAGAACGCGUGGAGAACCUUAACGUCGACCAGAAAACGAACGAGGACAUUCUGCUCAAUGUGCUCAAGAGAGUAGACGAGACGGAAAAGGAUUUGAGAAAGAUGAAACGCACGACGAUCGCGAAAGACUUUGAGGCGAAGCAAGCGAACCCUGAUGGGGCCCUCGACCGCACGCUAGGCAAUGAGCCACCGCUGGCUCCAAAUCUUGGUGGAACCACGGCGGCUUCUGGCGCUGACUGGUCGGGAAACGGCAUUGCCGCUGACCAGUUUGCUAGUAAGGACGAGCUUGGGGAGUUGAGGCAGGCAGUGGCGAUGAAGGACAAGGAGUUGCGGGAUAUUCGAGACCGGAUGCAGGACAAAGAGGGAGAGUUGGACACCUUGCGGAAAGCAGGGAAAAAUCUACGGGAAAGACUCGACGAGAAGGAGGUGGAAACUCGUGGAAUCAUGGAUCGGCUUUCUCGCAUGGAGGACACAGCUCGGAAAGUCUCUGCGGCGUCGGGGGGCUGUAAUUGUACUAUUAUGUGA